ACUCAACACCAUGAAGCUGUUCCUACUCGUCGCCGGUCUCGCUGUGGUCAGCGCCAGGACUCCUUUCGAGCCCAUCUCCGUCAACUACCAUGAAGACUUUGGUAUUCCGGAGGCGACUAGAAUCAGGAACGCAGAGGCCGCGCAGGACUUCGAUGGCAGCAGGAUCGUAGGAGGUCAGCUAGCAAGCCUCGGCGCUCACCCUCAUUUUGCUGGCUUACUCACAAGCCUCACUAACGGUCGAACAUCUGUAUGCGGCGCCUCUCUGCUGUCCAACACCCGCCUCACCACCGCCGCUCACUGCUGGCGUGACAGGUCUAAUCAGGGCAGACAGAUGACAGUCAUCCUCGCCUCCACCCGCCUCUUCUCUGGUGGUCACAGAGUCAACACCAAUAAUGUUCAAAUGCACGGGAGCUACAACGUUAACACCCUUAACAAUGACAUAGCUGUUAUCACCAUCCCAUGGGUCGGGUACAACAACAACAUUCGUAAUAUCGCUCUGCCCAGCGGUCUGCUGUUGAACUUCAACUACGCUGGGGAACGCGCGGUGGCCGCCGGCUUCGGCAGGAACUCGGACUCUGCAGCUGGAAACAACAACCAAGACCUUCGUCAAGUGACCCUUACUGUCAUCCAGAACUUCGAGUGUGCAAACAUCUACGGAGUCCAAUCUGUUAUCGGAAGCACUCUCUGCACCAGUGGACAAGGUCGCGUCGGUGUCUGCACUGGUGACUCUGGUGGUCCAUUGGUCUUCACCUUCAGCGGUGUCAGAUACCUGAUCGGUGUAACCUCGUUCGUGUCGGCUCGUGGAUGCGAGGUCGGUCUCCCUGCUGGUUUCGCGAGAGUCACCUCCUUCGCCAGCUGGAUCAAUGCAAGACUGUGAACAUUUCGUGCAUGAAUACAGAUUAUAUUGUAAUAAAAGAUUGCCAAACGA